AUGGCUCAGGAUUAUCUGAUUGCUCAGGCAACCAGUGUUCCGAGUGAACAGGCCUUUUCUCUCGCCAAACAUACAAUUAAUGCAUUGCGAAACCAAUUGGAAAAUGAAAAGGUUCAUGCAAGUCUGUGUUUAAAAACAUG